GAAAAAAAUACGAUAAAUAAAAUUUUAUUUAAGAAACCCUAUAUUAAUUAAUCUCCGUCUGGAAGGAGGGAGAGUGUAAGAAACAGAGAGACUCCGAGGAAAAACGAGUAAGAUUUGGAUGGCAAUGGGUUCUCACGGAUCGAAGCCGCCGCCGCACAAUUUUACGCUUCCCUGUGGUUUGAGGUGGGGCAACCGUAAGUUCCCCAACGGAAAAACCGACGCCGUUCACCGGCGAUCGAAUGGAACGUCGCCGGAGAAGUCGUUCGGAGGGCGAAGGCCCGAGGCUGGUUUGGGGUGGCAGAAUCACGGAUCCGAUGAACGGAUUCUGAGCAUGGGUGUUUCCAAGAAUGGGCGGACGGAGCGCGGCUCAGAAUUCCGGGCGGAAGUAGAAGACGGGAUCGCCGCCGUGAGGGAGAAACUGUUGCUUGAUCUCCAGGCGGCGACGAACAGGAUGAAGGAGGCAAUCUUGGGAGUGGGGCUGAGGGAUGGAGAGCGGCGGCUUGUGGCGGAGGAGGGUGGGGAACGACCGCCGGUACCGACGACGGUGUCGGAGACUAUUACGUCAGUGGGUCCAUCGGAAACCGCCAGACCAUGGAACUUGCGGUCUCGACGGUCGAGAAAUAAGCAUCCUAACAUAGUCGCCGCCGUCUCCGGCGAAUCGAACUCUGGUUUGAAAGUUGAUGUUGCGUUGCCGGCAACGCCUUAUGGUUUGCCAUUUAAAAACAGAAACGAAUCUCUAAGAGUCAUGAGGUCUAGACCUACCGUCGACCCAACCGCCGCCGCCGACCACUCAACGACAGCCGGCGCCGACCAAUCCCUGGUCACCGCCGUCGACCACUUCACGGCCGCCUCCGGCGGAGUUUCUUCCGUCGCGUUGAAGCGGGAGAGAGCGAAGUUUUCCGUUUCCCUUACUCGGCGAGAGAUCGAGGAAGACUUCGUUGCCAUAAUAGGCCGCAAACCCAACCGCCGGCCCAAGAAACGAGCUAAACAUAUUCAGAAAAAUCUGGAUAGCCUAUUUCCUGGAUUGUGGUUGACAGAAAUCAAUGCUGAUACGUACAAAGUUCCUGGUGAUCACUAGAAAUAAAGGGUCACAUCUUUAAUUUCUUAUAGCCAUUUGUUAGAUUUGAUCUUGUGAAGUUUGAUCUUCCUGCAAAUUGGAAACUUGAAUAGAUGAACAUUGAGGUUUCUCUACUUGCAGGGCUCACAUGUGCAAAUCCCAAUUUUUAAUCUCUCAAAAGUUUAUGUUGAUAUCUUGAAGAUAAUUGCUUAGAUCAUAAUGUAAAUAAAGAUCUGAUUUUUACCAACUACGGCUAUCUAUUUUUAUGUAUUCAUUGGGCUUGUUGAUGUACCAUCAAUCUUGUGAUGAAGUUCUAUCCAUUAUACGGCAUUGAUCGUUCUAUAUGGUACGGAAACAUAAGAUUUUGUGUUAAUGUUCCGGAUACAAACCUCCUUAAGUUAUAAACU